UGGGAGGCUGUGUCUGUGUCUUCCCAGGGCUAAUGUGUGUACAGUGGGGAGCAGCUCAGUGUCUGCAGCUGUACAUCCACUCACUGCAGCCCAGCGUCAGCUCCCCCCCUCCUCUCUGGGUGUCUCUCCUGCCUCUCUCUACCUCUCUCCUCCAGUGUCUGCUCCUCUCACUCUCUCCCUCUCACUGUGAGCAGCUGAUUAUUGUUAUUAUUCACUCCCUCUCUUUAUUGCACUGACAAGCGGGGGAGGAUUUCAGAAACUCAGUCUAUUGUCAGGAGGGGAAAUUGCAAUAAAACAGCAGCAGCAGCAGCAGAAGCAGAAGCAGCGGUAGCAGCAGCAGCACCCUAUUCCACCUCUUCUUCCUAUUCCUCCUCUUCCUCCUCCUCCUCCAGCAAGAGCAACAUCUUGGUGAAGAAGCGUUGGGCUGACAUAACACGUAACACAAAGGCUUGUUUAUUUAUUAUCCUUAUUUUAUUUAUUAAGCACUGAACUGGGGGGAAUAAAGCUGCUUUCCCAGGGAUUUAUUUCAUGGGGAUGUGUUCAAGGCAAGAGAGGAUUCAGAAGGAUAUCGACAUUGUCAUUCAAAAGUGCAAGGCGGAGAAGGACUGCCUGUUUUCAGAUUUCAGAUACUCGGACAAUACUUUCACCUUUACCUUCCUAGGAGGCUCCAAAAGUGUUGCUUAUUCUGUGCAUGUCUCUGAGGAUUAUCCAGAUAAUACUUAUGUGUCCAGUUCAGAAAAUGAUGAAGACGUGUUAGUUACUACAGAGCCCAUCCCAAUCAUUUUCCAUAGGAUAACAGAGCUGAGGAAAUCCAAUGACAUUACCAGCUGCUUGUCCAUAAAGUCUAAAUUACAGAAAGAAAAUGGCGAGGAAUCACGACACAGUAGUGCAGUGGAAGAAGAUUCUGAAGGAGAUAAUGAUUCUGAAGAGUUUUACUAUGGAGGGCAGGUGAGUUACGAUGGAGAACUUCAUAAGCACCCACAAUUGGAAGCUGACCUCGCAGCAGUGAGAGAAAUUUAUGGACCCAGUGCUGUAUCUCUCAGGGAAUAUGGAGCAAUUGAUGACGUGGAUAUUGAUUUACACAUAGAUGUUAGCUUCCUAGAUGAAGAAAUUGCUGUAGCAUGGGAUGUAAUCCGCACAGAACCGAUUGUAGUCCGUCUGCAUUGUUCUCUAACACAGUAUUUAAAUGGCCCAGUGCCAACGGUGGACGUGUUUCAGAUAUCCACAAAAGAGAAAUUCGGUUUAGGACACCAGUUAAAAAAAAUCAUGCAGACAUUUGUGACACAGCAAUGGAAACAGAGCAAAGAAAAAUCCAACUGUUCGCACAAGAAGAUAUCGGACAAGAAGGUGAAGUCUCCUCUGCACAUUUUUUCUACAUUGCGCAGGUCGCCAAGUUACCCCCCUCCUGGAUGUGGAAAAAGCAAAGUAAAACUAAAGUCAGAACAAGAUGGAAUCUCUAAAACUCACAAACUGCUGAGAAGGACUUGUUCUAGCACAGUGAAAAGUGAAGACAUGUGUAACGCAAAGUCCCACAGGAACUUUGGCCGAUCUCUGUCAAGUGAUCCUAGGGCUGAACAACCAAUGGGUUUAAAACCACACAAACUUUUGAGUCGUCAAUGCUCCGCAACCAUUAAGCAGGAGGAAUGCAUUUCACUGAAACAACAUAAACUCUUAACACGUUCUUGUUCUGGAGAUCCCAGAUGUGAGCACAACAGCACCUUGAAGCCCCAUAAACUUUUAAGCAGGUCUUAUUCUAGUAAUCUUCGUAUGGAAGAAUUAGAUGGACUAAAGAACCACAAACUACUCAGCAAGUCUUAUUCCAGUGCCCCCAAAUCAUCCAAAAUGGACCUUUUGAAAGAACCUAUCGCAGAGGGCAGGCGGCUCUCUCUUACCUCAGGGCUGAUUGGUAUAUUAACUCCAGCUGCAUCUUCACAACCUGCUCCAACCAGUGGUGCAAAAAGUGUUCCAGCGCGGGGGCAUGGAUUUCUUGUCCAGACAAUAGAGUUUGCUGAGCAAAGAAUUCCUGUGCUAAAUGAGUACUGCGUGGUUUGUGAUGAACCCCAUGUAUUUCAAAACGGACCAAUGCUGAGGCCUACUGUAUGUGAACGGGAGCUUUGUGUAUUCGCUUUCCAGACACUGGGUGUUAUGAAUGAAGCUGCAGAUGAAAUUGCAACCGGUGCUCAGGUUGUAGAUCUCCUUGUGUCAAUGUGUCGUUCUGCUUUGGAAUCUCCAAGGAAAGUCGUCAUAUUUGAGCCAUAUCCUUCAGUGGUAGACCCCAAUGAUCCUCAGACCCUGGCCUUUAAUCCACGGAAAAAGAACUAUGACCGAGUGAUGAAAGCGUUAGACAGUAUCACUUCCAUCAGAGAGAUGACGCAAGCACCUUAUUUGGAAAUCAAGAAGCAGAUGGAUAAGCAAGAUCCCUUGGCCCAUCCUUUGCUGCAAUGGGUUAUUUCAAGUAAUAGAUCUCAUAUAGUGAAACUGCCAGUUAACAGGCAACUGAAAUUUAUGCACACCCCUCACCAGUUCCUACUACUCAGCAGUCCACCAGCCAAAGAAGCGAAUUUCAGAGCUGCUAAAAAACUUUUCGGAAGCACAUUUGCAUUUCAUGGCUCACACAUUGAAAAUUGGCACUCUAUUCUUAGGAAUGGAUUAGUAGUUGCUUCCAAUACAAGACUGCAGCUUCAUGGUGCCAUGUACGGAAGUGGAAUAUAUCUAAGUCCAUUAGCAAGCAUAUCAUUUGGCUACUCAGGGAUGAACAAGAAGCAACAGAAAGUAUCAGCCAAGGACGAUCCCCCAAGCAACAAAAGCAGCAGUACAUCCCAGUCACAGAAAAAAGGACAACAAUCCCAAUUUUUGCAAAGCCGUAACUUGAAAUGUAUAGCCUUAUGCGAAGUGAUUACUUCACCAGAAUUGCACAAACAUGGGGAGAUCUGGGUUGUUCCCAAUACGGAUCAUGUCUGUACACGGUUCUUUUUUGUCUAUGAAGAUGGUCAAAUGGGAGACACAAGCAUCAACACACAAGAACCAAGUAGCUAUAAAGAGAUUCUUCGAGUUAUAGGCAACCAAACUGCUACUGGUUAAACACAACAUUUAUGGAAUGUGGGGUUUUAACAGUAUCAAAGCUGGACUUUGUACUGAAGAACAUUGGGGAUCUCUUUAUUACCCCUCUUCUUGUUAUUAUUAUUAUAAAAGCUCCUUUUAUUUCUGCUUUUUAAUGUUUGACCAGAUGAUACCUAUUGAUUCCAAUGGAUUAUUUAAUAUGAAAUUAAUAUAUUGUGGUGUCUACUCGACAGCCAGGCUUAUAUCCUAGAGCGUAACUGGAGAAGAUUAUUACAAUUCUCAGUUCUAUAUCUACGUUACAAACCACUUUCUACUUACAAGACUAUGGUUUUAUCUUGCAAUAAAUGAAACCACCAAGUGUUUUAUGGAUUUCACGCUGAAGAUAAUUGGAAUAUGAAUACAUUACUGUAAUGCGUGCCGUGUGUAUCUGGAAGUUAGACCCAAAUUUCACCACUGGUAUUAUAUAUAGCAAUGGCAUUUUUAUUUCUCUGGCUACAUAUGGUAUGGUAAUAAAAGAAAAAAUGUCAAGUUUUAUUCUUACAAGACAUCUGUUAAAGCAUAGCUUGAUUUUUAUAGUGCUAAUACAGGGCAAUAGGCCGACAUUUUGAAGACUUAAUAUACCGAACUUGCAUAUUUCUUACUUUUUUUUUCUUCCUUUUUUUGUUUUUUUUUAUGUGGAAAAAAAAACUAUUUGCACCACGUAGGCAAAAACUUUGUGUCAAAUGCUGUAGUUGUGGGACUGGAUACAAAAUUACCGAUAUAAUGCCCUACACCAAGGGUUUAGCUUAGUGCCCGAGGUGCCUUUCUCUUGGCUGUCCUGUUUCUGGGGAGUGCACAUACUUCUUUCUCAAGUUUUAGUUUUUCAGAUUCCUAAAGUUUAGGUGUUAUUUUUUAAGAUUUUAAGUAGAUCAUUCCCUCCACCUGUUCCAUUUAUGCAUAACAGAUGAGGGUUUCCUACUGGUGAACUUCAAAUGCCAAACUUGGACACAAAUGCAGCAGUAAGUUAUCUGUCUCUGUUCAAGUAAUUCAGUGCAAAUACUGUAGAUACCAAGGCAUCACCAGUUAGAGUCUGUCCAGAGAGGAUUGGGCUUGUUGGGCUCUAAAUAUUGUACGCUUGUAGAUCUGAGGGUGGGUAGACAGAGUGCCCACUAUGAUUCUGAUGACCAAGGGGCCACAUAAAACUGGUGCCAGUCCUAACAUACACACAGGGGAAUACGCAGUAACCAGUAUCUGCUGCUUUACCCAAGUAAAUAAAGCAGGGGUCCAAAAAAAUACAACAGGACUCAGACCCUAAGUAACUUUCUGCACCAGCUGGGUCUGAUAUGUGGCAUUAUACUAUUAUUUAAAAAAAAUGGACCAAUAUAGCCAGAACUGCCAUCACAUAUAUACAGUACAAAUAGUGAUAUAUGGUUAUUCUAAAUUGAAAUAUAUCCUCUUUUAACAAGCCUUACAGUAGUUCACUAGAUGUGCAGGUAUCGGAAGGUUCUUGUGUUGAAGAUGAAUCCAACAGCAAACAUCACUUCUUGCAGCACCUCCAAGGGCCAAACUAAGCAUUAAACAACUUUUAUUGAAAUUAAUGGCCAGUUUCUAUAAUGCAUGGAUGUGAUGGGUCCUUCACCCAUAGGACUUGAGAGAAGACUUAAAGGGGUUAUCCAGGAAAAAAAAAUGUUUUAUAUAUCAACUGGCUCCAGAAACAGAUUUGUAAAUUACUUCUAUUAAAAUAUCUUAAUCCUUUCUGUACUUGAGAGCUGUUGAAGUUGAGUUGUUCUUUUCUGUCAAAGUGCUCUCUGAUGACACAUGUGUCGGGAACUGUCCAGAGUAGAAGCAAAUCCCCAUAGCAAACCUCUUUUACUCUGUGCAGUUCCCGAGACAAGCAGAGAUGUCAGCAGAGAGCACUCUUGCCAGACAGAAAAGAACAACUCAUCUUCAGCAGCUGAUAAUUAUUGGAAGGAUUAAGAUUUUUUUAAUAGAAGUAAUUAAAAAAUCUGUUUAACUUUCUGGAGCCAGUUGAUAUAAUUUUUUUUCCUGGACUACCCUUUUAACUUGUAUACAUAGACCUAUACAGUGCUUUAAAAGGAUUUGGGAGAACAAUGAGUAGAGAGGGUUCUCCAGUCUGCCAUGACAUAAAUGUACUGAUGAGUAUUGCGUUGCACUUAUUUACAUUAGUAAGUUGGGCGGGUAAGGUUGUUAAGUUAAAGUAGAUAUACUUGGGUCCUUGGGUGAAUCAUCCUUUUUUUUUAACCAGUAAGGUUGAAUAUAAAGAUGAACAAUGUAUAGACACACCAGCCAAAUUCUUUAGCCUUUUAAGUAUAUUCAAGGUUGGAAGAACAGUACAGUAAAUAUUAUUCCACUCAAUAACCCUCCUUGUUUCAACAUAAUGAUCAUAUGAAAACAUGUCCACUGAUUGACCAGGCCCACGGUAACCACUAAUACUUCCUUAAGUAAGGAACCCCCUCUCUUUAGCAUUCAUAGUAGGGCUUAUGGAAAGGAAUUGUCUUAGUAAUGAAAGAGGAAACUUUUAUAAAUGGCUUACCAUGUAUACUGUAUAUUUUUUGUAUAUUCUGUUUUAUCAAUGAUCACACCAACCUGAACAGAAAAGUAAUCUGCAAUAUAUCUAGGAAUUUCUCAGCUACAUUUUUUAACUGCUAGAGAAAAAUUGCAAAAAGACAGCUAACAAUGGCUGAAAUUAUAUGGAAAAAAUUCCUAUUAUACAGUAAUCCUCAUUUUGUAUUACAACUUCCAUACAUUGCUCAAUGUUUAUGAUUUUUGAAAAGACAUGUAUUUGCAGCUUUCAGUGGGCUCAUUUACAUUGCUGUUGUGCAUUUUUUUUCUGCACAACUCUUGUAAAAUACCGGAAUCCCAACAGACCCCAUUCAAGUCAACAGGAUCCAUCGAGACACUGAGAUGUCAGUUGUGCUCCAACCCAUUCAGGGUUCGUUCAGCACAAUUAAAAAAGAGCCAAACAGACCCAGAAUGGGUCAGAGCACAACAGCAGUGUGAACUUAGCCUUAAAGGGGUACUCUGCCCCUAGACAUCUUAUCCCCUAUGCAAAGGAUAGGGGAUAAGAUGUCUGAUCGCGGGGGUCCCACUGCUGGGAACCCCUGCAGCCUUGGAUGCAGCACCCCAGAUAUCCGAUGCACGAAGGGAAAUUUGCUGGCAAUGCGGGGCGGAAGUUUGUGACAUCAUGGCCACGCCCCAUCAAUACAAGUCUAUGGACCAUAGACUUGCAUUAAGGGGGCGUGGCCGUGAUGUCACGAGCCUCUGGCGCUGAACCAGACACUCUAAACGAACGCUGGGUGCAGCACGGAGAUUGCGGGGGUCCUGCCACUGGGGAUAGGGAAUAAGAUGUCUAGGGGAGGAGUACCCCUUUAAUGUUAACAUUGAGUCACUUUUUAUCUGCAGUGAGACAUUUGAGACAUCCCAAAUUUUUAGCCGAAAGCAGCUAAAAUUUUACUUUUGUAAUCUUACCAAGGUUUAAUAAAAAUCUGUCCUCACUGAUCUUGAGAGAACUCAAAAUGCGCAAGAACAUGAAAGCAUGGAGCAUGUAGGAGCUUCUCAUGGUUGUUAAUCUGCCCUUGAUUAAUAUGGAUCACUUAAAUCCUAUUAUAUGAAAUUUCCAUUGGAGUCUCCCUCAGCAUAACCAGUAGGAGUUAACACUGUCCAGAAUCUAAAAAAUAUCUGGUAAAUAUUAUUAACAUCCUUGUAAAAGGGCGAUUUGAAAAAAAAAAAAAUUCAUGACCUCUGCUUUCCUCCAAAUAUGUAGUGGCCCAUUGUUAACAUAAGCUAUAUUCAGUGUACGCAAAAUACUCUUCUUUGUGAUGAUCACUGCUAUUGCUCAUUGUCUGUGGAGUAUAGAAAAGAAUCUCCUGUUGCUCUCUACAGUGUACAGCAUGCUGUUGACUGAUCCUGUUAUGGCUUUAUGAACAGUCAGGUUAACACAUGAAUGCUUUGUGAUAUUGUGGUUCCCAAACCAGUCCUCAAGGUCCACCAACAUAUUGGGUUUGUUCAGUUUUUCAGUUACUCCAUUGGAAUAGAACAGGGAGAAAUUCAAAUCUUGAACUCUUGGUGGGGUUUGAGGACUGGUUGGAGACCUCUGGUUUAGAGCACAUGAACAUACAAAUAAUUUGACUAAUAGCAUAGUCUAUUUUUUCUAUAUAGCAUCCCAUCACUAUGAGAAUGCAGCCCAGUCUUCUGGCACUAUGAUACAGAGCAUUCAUGCACAGAAAGCAGUCAAUCGCUGGUUAGGACCGCCCACUUCACUUCUAAACCCAGAAGGAGCAUUGAUUGAAAUGAAUUAAUGACUAGUUUUCAUGAAUCUAUUCCCACAAAACUAUGUAUCAAUCUGCUCAGAAUUUCCUACUCUAUAACGUGCUCUCUGAAGACGGGCCUUCAUUGUCAAUGUGAUAGGUUCCCUUUUAGGAAAAUACUUUAGUUACAGCAAAACAAAAAUGAUAAAAUGUUUCAAGGCUUCUAGAUUUUACAGCAGUCCUCUCUUGCCUAAUGUUUGAUUGCCUAAUGUUUGAAUGUUUGAUGUUUGUUUGAGGUUUAUUCUAAGAUGUUGGUGCUAUAUACCAUCUAAUGAACAUAUUAACCAAUUUCCAGAUAUAAUAUUGUAAAAUAUAGCUGCAGCAGACUUACUUUUUAUCUGUUCUCUGUAGUUAUGUUGUUUGUAUAAUAUUAUCUGACAGUGUAGUAUUCAAUAUAAUUUGUGCCAAAUCAAAUUGACCAACUCGACUCUUCUAUGCCCCUACUAAUCUACCACACAUCCAGUGACCAAGCCAAUAUGCCAAGAUCAUUCUAAAUCCUAGCAACCGGUAUUGGUAAUGUUUGAUAUUUAUAAUUACUCUCUGUCAUGAAUAUCAGUAUUUUGAUUUGCUUUUUAUUUCAGUUGUUACAAAUUUUAUCCCUACACUAUAUCUGGUGCCAUCAUUUAGAUUUGGAAUAAAUUAUAUAUACUAUUAUUAUAUAUUAUUAUUAUUAGAUUGCAAAUUUAGUUUUCUUUGUUUAAAGUGGUAAAACAUCUGAAGCAAUUGUGAAGGGGUCGUAUCAAAUUUAAAGGGGUACUCCGGCCCAAAUACAUCUUAUCCCCUAUCCAAACGAUAGGGGAAUAGAUGUCUGAUCAUGGGGGUCCGCCGCUGGGGACCCCCGCAAUCUGUCAUUCAGCACACACCUUUGCAAGCUCUCCGCAGCGUUGGAGGCUCUGAGUGUGUAGUGUGACAUCAUGACGACCCCCCUCGUAUGUACAGUGUGUUCUCACUCCUAAAGGUAAAUGCACACAAUACGUAUUUCCUGCAGAUGUUUCUGCAACCGAUUAGUGUUGUGUGCUUUUACCAUUACUGACGUUACUGAGGCGCCUCUAUGUUUGCAUACUAUAUUGUAUAGUGCAAUACUGUACAACGGUACUGUCCAGCCCCUACACACCAGUGCCACUUCACUCCGAUAGAAAACUUAAGAGAUCACAGGAGGUCACAGCGGAUAGACCCAGUGUGAUCAUACACUUAUCCCAUAUGAAAUGAAUUUGUGUUAAUGGUUAAUAAUGGGACAACAUCCUUAACUAUCAUUAGUAUUCUUUUACAAAUGUUAAUAGACUCUGACCUCCAAGGUAGGCCGGUGAUGAAUGUUUACUAAUACACAGUACUUAAAGGUGUUCUCCAGUUAUUAAAAAUGUAUUCCCUAUCCACAGCAUAUUGGAGAAAUGUCCAAUCCUAAUCGCACGCGCAGGGCUUGGAGGUUGUCUGACCAGGACACCGCUGCAGCCAGUGAUUGGCUAAGCGGCUAGUCACUGCCAAGACCAGUAUGUCUCGGAAUGUGGGGGCAUGAGUGCUCAGUGGGGAGAGCCAAGCCCCAUUCUAGAGAUCACAAAUGUCGCAAAUGUCCCAUGAUAAGUUUUUAGUAACUUGAUAACACCUUUAAACAGAAGCAGACCCACCAUAUAAAAUAUACAUGAUGGACAAAAUCGAGAAAUCCAGCAAUAUAACCCUAUGAGAGAAGCAGAAAUUAGGUGUAUAACAAACACUGUAGUGGAAUUACUGGCCAUAGCUGCGGUCUGAUGAAGCAGAUGUAGCAAGCAGGUAAGCAUUUCCCUAAGGAAUUUUAACAAACUGCAUUAGAAAAUUCUGAACAAUAUGACUAGGAAAACCGGUCUGCCGGCAAACAAAGAGAGCAGUACUCAUCCAUUAGUACAAACAAGAGGCUCUUGAUAGAAAUGUUUUAAUUCUAAUUUUAAGAUCAUUUUCUAAAACCUCUUUUCCAUUUAGCCUAAUACAAACAGCACAAUUUUUCAAUGCGCAAAAAUGCUUUACAAACUGCUUUUUGUAAAGGGCUACUUGAUACGAAAUGCAAUUGGCGGCAUAGUGGAUAACAAUACAGUAGGUAAAUGCCAUUGGUCAAGCAAAAAAAGGGAAGACAAUGACUUGAAAUCUGUAUGUCAUGGCUCGAGACAUACGACUUGUCCGUAGAUCAGCAAAACUUUGAUCCCAUUGUGGGCUUCUGACUGGUCGUGUGUGUUUAGAUGAGGGGGGUCCCCUCCCAUUGUCCCUACUUGACAGAAAACUUGAGUAGGAUCUAGGGAGCCUUGAGUUUGGUAACAAAUUGACUUUAUUUACUAUAGUAAAACACUGAAAUUGGUGCCGCCUAGUAAUUGCCAAUACUACAGAUAAAAGACUAAAAAAGAUCUGAAAGUCUAGCAAACUCUCUCUCCAGUCCUAAUAAAUAGCCAUGUCUAAUAACAGUCUGCUCUAAAGGAUUUUAUUGCAACCUGUUUACUUAUUCCAAACUUUUUGAUACUUGUAUUUUCUGACUCUUUACUAAUACUGUACAAUAGCACUUUUAAUUUUUUAGUCAUUGGUACGAUAAGUGAUUCUGUUAAAUAAAGCUAAGCUUCUACAUUUCCUUUUAAAGUUGUCAAAAAAAUUAUAAACUGUGUGCUGAUGGUCAAAUGUAAUACAUUUGUGAUCCUUUUUUGUACUAUAAAUGGUCUGCUCUUCUCCUUGCUAUGUGCAGGGAAGAAGGAUGAACUGGGAAUAAAAUGGGAUAUUUGAAUUGAUCCUUUA